AUGUCUACGACUAAAAGAACGACAAGUAGGUGGCAUCAAUAUUUUAAUAUUGACAAUAAAUCUGGCAAUGGCAAUGCUAAAUGUAAAUAUUGCCCUAAAAUUUUGAAAACGUGCAGUAAUACUACCAAUUUAAAACAGCACAUGGAAAGGAAACACUCUGGUGUCAUUAGUAUUGAAAAUAAAGAGGAUCAUGCUGUCAAGUCGGGAAACAAUUCGCAGGAAGAAUUAAUUGCAGACUUGUUUCCUAAGCAAUCGACAUCUACACGUUCUAAAGAAUCUGUUGUUUCUUUCAAUAUAGCUUGUGAGCCGCUUUCGGAGAGUCAUACCGCCGAAUAUUUAUCAACCACCAUUGAAAAUAUUUGUGAAAAUUGGGAAAUUCCUGAUGAAAAAAUAGUGGCCAUCACUACAGACAAUGGUGCAAAUAUAGUAAAAGCCAUUGAUAUAGCAUUUGGAAGAGCAAAGCAUAUUCGUUGCAUAGCCCACACAUUAAACCUUGUUGUGCAAAAUUCGGUCACGGUGAAUGAAAUAAAAAUAUUCAUUGAUAAAAUUCGCAGAAUUGUACAAUGGUUCCAUCAGAGCGGAGUUGCUGCAGACCAAUUGAGAAAUUCUCAAAAGCCUGAAAAUGUACCAGAAGGAAAAAUUAAACACCUGGUAGGAGAUGUUUCAACGCGGUGGAAUUCACAAUUGCAUAUGCUUGAAAGGUUUAUAGCUAUGAUUGGGGCAGUGGGCGGCAUUUUGUUGAAUUACCCUAAUGCUUCUCCUAUGAUUCAAGCUAGUGAAAUUGCUGUACUGAAAGAGGUCGUAAAAAUUCUCAAACCGUUUGAAAAAGCAAGCGAGGAGAUGUGCUCUGAAAAAUAUGUUAGCGCAAUUCAUUUAUUUAAUACUGCAACAUUUUUCGAUCCUCGUUUUAAAAAAUUACACCUUGAUGACGGAGCAUCUUUGGCAAGAACUAUGAACUACAUUAAACGAUCCAUUGAUGAAAACCGAGAACCUGAAGAUUGCCCACUGUUAAUAACUUCGGCCGCUGAUGAUGUCGAUAAUGAUGACAUUUGGGGAACUCACCACAAGCUGUUGUUGGAGACUAUGAGAACCAGUCGAAGUCACAUUCAGACAUCAGAAUUGAGCUUGUACACAGCUGCGCCUCUAAUAGGAUUAAAAGAAGACGCUUUAGAAUACUGGAAAAGCUAUGAGGGAGCUUAUCCCAAACUCACAAAUUUGGCGUGUAAGCACCUAUUGGUACCGUUUUUUUCGGCUCCAGCAGAGAGAUUGUUCUCGAAAGCUGGCGCUAUAUUAACGAAGACCAGGAGCCGAAUAUUAUCCAAACGCUUACCUAAGCUGUUAUUUCUGAACUCGUUGCCUACGGAUUUCUAG